GUUCCUCGGUUAGCUGACGGUUAGCCACGGCUAAAAACAUUGUGGUCUCGCUGACUCGCCGUAGCAUGCUGUCUUCUUCUCCUUCUUCGUGGUGGGCCAGCUGUUGCCAUGGCGACUGCACUCACAAGUUACCGCAGGUGGAAAACUAACUGAACUUUAAAGCAGCAGACACGCUCUCGAGCAAAAGACACACAUAGACCUAAAACAAAACACAUUUGGAUUAAAAAGAAAUGGCUUCUUGCUUGGUCCCCGACUUCCCGGCCGUUAUGGUUGCUCUCGAGCAUUUAAAGGAACUGGACAAACAGUUGAAAGAGGAGGGAGUACCAUUCGCACCUGAAGCUAGCCCCCAUCUGGCAGAGAUGACGGAUGCUAUUACUGACCUGGAGUCCGACCGACGUGCUGCCCAUGAACAUUUAGAAGUGGAAACCAUAGAAAACAGUAAGCUAAGACAUCAAAUUAACAACAUACGUGAAAGAAUGAGCCAGGAGAUCAUGGCUGACGUUGCAGCAGCCCGUGCAUCUAAUGCUGAGGAGAUAGAGCAGCUGCACAAAGACCUAAACACAGUCUCUCAGCUACAAGAAGCCACUGUGAAGAGGCAGGAAGCUCUCUUGAGCCAAAACGAAGCACUGUACCCUCAGCGAGAACAACUUAAGGGUGAGCAUGAAGAGGUUAUUGCUGCUCUGAAUGAUCAAAUCACCCUAAAAUAUGGCUUGCAAAUUCAGCUGGAUCAGACACAGGAGAAGAUAGAAGAGCUGAAGUCCUGCAUUGCUGUUGUGGAACAGGACAAAAUAACACUGGAGCAAAACAUGGCGCUCGAGAGAGAGGCUUCCACUGUGAAAAAAGACAACCUGUCCAGAGAAGUGGAUCAGACAGAUGGGAAAACUAAGCAACAGAAGCAAGCAAUCAGGAGGAACAGAACAGAGCUGAACAGAGUUAACGACAAGAGACAAGAAACCAAUAUCCAUCUGGGAGAGCUAAUGGCUGAAAUGGCCAAGCUAGAGAGCAAUUUACAAAGACUAACAGCAUCGCGGUGCCAGUUUGAGAAACAGCUGGAGGGGGAAACCCAAAAACAUCAAGAACUGAGGGAACAGAGAGAAACGCUUAAGAAGGAGUUGCGUGAGUUGGGAGAAGCGUUCAGCCUGGCCAUUCAGCGUCUUAAAGACGAAAUUUCCACAGUUGAGGGUAAAAUCGAGGAGGGUCGAGCAUCAAAGUUGCUCUGUCAAGACCUCCUGGCUCAGAUUUAUGAGAUAUUCAAGCACCAUCAUGAUGAAGAGAGUGAAGUAAGGUCAGAGUAUUUCCACGUCUCACAGCAGCUUGACCGGUCCAAGCUGCAGCUCGAGGAAAGGAUUGCCUCCAUAGUCAAACACAAGAAGGACAUCAAAGAGAUGGACAAGCAGAUCAGUGCACUGCUGGAAGCUGACACGAUCAACCAGCGUGUAUUUCAGAGGAAUCAGCAGGAGCUGUGUGGUAACAUGGACACAGAGAAGAAGAACGUCAGCCAUCUUGAGGAGGAGAAGAGUAGGCUAAGACGACUCCUUGAGGAGGAGAAGAGGAAGCAGGAGGCACACGUGGCGAAAAUGACCUCUGACAUCAGCAACACCAGGAGGAGAUAUGAGGAGCUGCGAGAGGAGGAGGCAGCACUCCACCAGCGCCAGCCCAAGAGCACAGAUGCCAACUUACUAAUGAGCCACAUGGCCCAGUGUGAGGUGGAAUACAGACAGACAGAGAUCAAAUACCAUCAGGAAAUACAGGAACACGCUGCAGAGACUGAGAGCCUCACAAGGAGCAAUGAGGAGAAGCAGAGGGAGGUGAAGGAGAAAGAGGAGGUGCUGAGGGAGGUGGAGGCCAGAUGGAAUGAGGAGCAAAGUAGGCACCAGAGACUGAAAAUGUUCACCUCUGAGUUGAGGUCGAGGAGGACUGAGCUGGAGCUGUCCAUUCAGGGGUUGAGGGAGAAAACCAGCUGUCUGCUUCAGCCCAAAGAGGAUAUGAAGGCUGAGCUGGAGGAAACGCAAGCAAGUUACAUGGAUGUUCUCAAAAAACAGGCCUCAGAGCUGAGAGCUGUAGAAAUAAACAUCUACAACAACAGCGUGAAACUGGAGCAGGUCCGAAUGGAGAACAGCAGGCUGCAUCUCUGUAUCAGACAGAUGACAGAGGAUGUUAGCAGAGCCAGGAGGAACAAAGACAGAUACCGGCAGGAGACUGACCAUUUCAACCAGGACAUAAAGGCCCUGUGUGACAGUUUACAGGAAGCAUGGAGAGAGGAUUUAUUGGUAACUGAGGACUGUCAGAACAGUGAUGGUGUUCUGUUGAUGUCUGUGAGUGCUCUGCUGAACCAUUUGAAGACUAGGAGACAGCAGUUAGGAAAUGUGAACAUACUCCUUCACCAGCAAAUGUUAGACUUCAGCAAACGACUGGGAGAUAAAACAACUAUAGACCAGCACAGUUGAGUUGAUAAAAGUGAUUCUAGUUCUAUGUCACAACAAGUGACGAUAUGAAUUUAGAUAACCUGUUAACUCAAAACAAAAAACUUAAUAAAGGUGAAAGCAACAAGAUCAUAUGAAGUUUUUUUUUAAUUCAGACUAAAUAUACAUAAAAAUACUCAAAAUAACAACUCGCCUGAGUAGACUUAAGUAAAAAUAUCCAAACUCAUUCUUUUGAUUUGAUUUGAUUGUAAUUGUUGACAUAGACCUUUAUCUCAACAUUUUGACUUGUCAAACACAGGUGGGUGUGAUAAUAUGAUUCAUGUCUGCAUCGCCUUCCUUGCUGGAAAUGAGCCAUCGUUAAUGUUAUUAGUAGCACCUGUGCUGUUCCGGCCACGACAAGUAGAAAUCUGACACCACUAUUAUAAGUUAAGUAUACGUGUUUUAUUUGGUUAGAUCUCAGUCAAUUUUAGGUUUAAAAUUGAAUAUAGUUUAUGAUAAGAGGGCAAAAACUUUUUUUUCGUCAUUUUGCCAUCGUUGAUAGCUGACAGUCAAGAGAGACAGAGGAAGCAAGGGCAGAGAGAGAGAGGGCUAUGGCCUGUAACGAGAGUCCCCCGGCCAGGAAUCGAGUCAUGGACAUUGUGGUCAUGUGGUAUGUGACUUGACCAUUAAGCCACUUGGACGCCACUGUAAUUCUUUAUAUUUUAUCUCUAAUUUUUCUUAUCAAUAGGCUUUUUUCAGUAAAGACAUUUGGCAUGUCUUACAAUCACAGGUGUAUCUUAUAUGAUUCAUGAUGGCGGAAUCCCAUUUAGCUGCUUCAGUUUCAGGAUCCUGGUAUUGUUCAUGCUGACUCACUGUCAGGACACUUGAAUAGAAGAGAGCCAUUGUUGAUGUUUUUAGCAACACACUCUUUUCAAUGUCGCAAGCCAACAUGUCGUGUUAGCAUGUUUGAAGAAGGUCUAAUCAAUUAUUUACUACUUCAUUUCAUUUCUAAAUCUGUGCUCAGUAAGUUUUGUAGUUUUGACUACUGUAAAUCACAGGUUGGGGUAGAGUGGAGUUAUUAAAUGGAAUAGCAAGUACUAUGCAUCAGCUUUUCUAAGGUCUGACCAUAAUAAAGAAACCUAAAGUGAUCCAGUAAGUCCAGAUAGUCACAUCCUGAAUUGAUGCCUUUCUUAGAAUAUUUGUGUUGUAGUUUUCUCCCUUGACAUACCACCUGGAAGCAUUGGUAACCACUUUCGGAGUUAAAUGUUCAUUUGCAGUGGCUAUUCCAAAACAUUUGAAAAGUAUACAUUUACUGUUGCUGCUGUGACUUGUUUACAAAGUCUUUAAACAGGUCAAGAGUGUAGUACUUUAUUUGUAGCUGUAUUUCUCAUAUACAUCAUUUGGCACAUACAGUAGCUAUUAUAGAUUGAUAUAUAGCUAUAGCUAUGUAUAAUGAGAGCAGAGGGCUCAUUUAACAUAAUAACAGAUGUACCUCAGUGUUUGUGUUGGGCCAUUUUUGAAACUACUUGGUAACUAUUUCUCUUUAUUCACUUGUGAUUGAAUUGUCAUUAAAACCAAUUGCUUUUAAUAAGGAUAUUUUGGAAUCAGUGUAAGAAAUGGAAAGGUUGUCACCCACCUCACCAUGGAGUCGUUCCUUUCUUCUGCUCUUAUGGUGAUGCUCCAUUAGUCAAACGCUAAUAUACUCGUUUUCCUUUUAUGCUGCAUGUAUACUGCAUGUUUAGUUGAGUCUAGCUAGCGUCUCUCUCCAGGGCCACAGUUAGCACCUCACUUGCUUGUUUGCUUGCUCCUUUUAUUAUUUGUGUCAUUAAAUGCACAGUAAUUUCCAUCGUAUACUUUGUUCACAUGCAUUUUUAAGGAUUUUUCCCUAUAACAGCAUUUAGUAUUUUUUAAUGAAAUUUACUGUUAUUUUAGAGUUACAUUGGGUGUAAAAAAAAAAAAAAAAAACUAAAAUACAAAAAAAAACUAAAACAAAAUGGAAAAGGGAAAUUUUUAAAGAAAAACAGUAAAAUUCAAAACAUGGCCUCACUUCUUCUCAAACUGCUGCCUGUUAUGUUUGUCAGUCUUUUUUUCCAGUGGCCAUGUUAAAUUUUUGUUUGAUUCAGUAUGACUGAACCCUGUGAAUUAUCUUAU